GCCUGUUACUGGGGUAGUUUUAGGAUGAAGCUGCUGGGGUGACAUCUGUGGGGAGGCGUGAGGAAGCACAGGUGAAGAGAAGUUAUCGUUUUAAAUGGUAUUAAAUUGCUGUCAAUAUUGAGUCAAGGUGUCUAAGGUUCUGGUUUGGGGAAGAAAACUAUAGCUAACUAUAGCUACUACAGAAAGAUCUUAAACCAGAACUCCUUUGGGGCCCUGAAGAACUUUUUUUUUUUCUUUUGAGACAGAGUGUUACUCUGUCGCUCAGGCCGAAGUGCAGUGGGGCGAUCAUGGCUCACUGCAGCCUCAAUCUCCUGGGCUCAAGUGAUCCUCCCUCCUGAGUAGCUGGGACUACAGGAGCAUGCCACCAUGCCCAUCUAUUUUUUUUUUUAAUUUUUUUUAGAGACAAGGUCUUGCUAUGUUGCCCAGACUAGUCUCAAACUGCUGGAUUCAAGUGAUUCUCCUGCCUUGGCUUCCCAAAGUGCUGGUCAUGAGCCACUGCACAGACCAAGAACUUUGUUUUUCUGGCCAAGGACUUUAUUUUUUAAAAUAAUAAUAAGCUAUGUACUGUCUGCUUGAACUAUUGGGUGGCCACCAGCAUUUCAUCCCAUGGGAUGUACCUGCUGCUGCACCUGGCAGUGUGUUCCUGUCACCUGCUCUCAUCUCCCUCUUGGAGCAGCUUAUGAAGGAGAGAUGCCACCUGCAUCUUUUGAAAUGUGAUGGAUCUGCCUGCCCUGAGCAGAAUUCAAACUGGAUGGUGAAUUGAGGACUGCUGGAGGUUAAAGGGUACACAUGCAGUUUUCAGGCAGCUAAUUAAAAUAAACUAGUACAUUUCUGGAACCUAAACUGCUCCAAUGCUGUAGGCAAAAUUCCCUGUCUGCCCUGGCUCAUCAGAAAGAGUUUGUAUAUGGAAAACUUCAGAACAGAACAAAGAAACUUAAGUCUGGAUGAGGAAUGAAGUCUUGGCUCUCGUUGAGCAAUUCCUGAACUGCCAGGUGACAUCAAAUCCCCUGCCGAAGAAAUGUCUGAAAUAAAAAGAAUUCCAGACAUUAGGCCUGGUUUAAAACAGGGUAUGCUUUUUUAUUUGUGUGCUUCUGGGUCUAAACAGGUCAUGGUUUGCUCCCCAAGGUGACAGUGUGGCUCCCAUUCCGUCCCUAGUUCUGAGCAUGGCACUGUGAUUUCUUUCUGGAGUUGCUCCAACCUGUGGCCUUUGCUAAUGAGUGAUGAACCCCAGAACCUGAACUUCUAGAGUCAGCAAAAUUGCACACUGCCUUCUCAGGAGGUUUCUGGAACGUUGGCCUUCAUCCCAGCAGGAUCACAAGUGGAAAGAAACACAGGGAAGACACCGUCAAAUCUUUAAAGUGGCCACAGCACGGAGCACUGACACAAAGAGACGAUGGUUCUGGAAGGAGGGGUGGGAUGCUCUGUGUCAUUAUUGUUUUCUAGAUGGGAUUCCGUGCACAGGUCAUCACAACUCACUGUGAGUGCAAGCAGGGGUGUAAAUCGUGGGGCCGAAAAAAACCUCUCUGCAAAGAUCCUUGCUCACUCACUGAUAUGCACUUCUCAGCUGUAGAUUCAUGCUUUUCCACUUGUUGAAACGUCCCUAAAUAUCGCCCUCAAUGUCCUGUUUGUGUCGCUGGCUCUCUGCCACUCAGCGAAUAAUGAAACAGCCUCAGUGAACCUGCAGCAGCAGCUGCCUUAGCUUCAGUGCCUACCCACCCCUGCAGCUGAACCGCUUUGAAUAUUCCUUGAUGGUGCAAGAGACAGUCUCACUAUUCCCUUCACUGGCCUUCCUCUGUGUCCGUCACGGUUGGCAUGAGCUACCUCCUGUGCAUGUUAUGGCGAGAAGGGAUGAAUGAGGAAAGACAGGGUGGUUUUAUACUUGAUCCUGGGACAGUCACUGGGUAAGGAAGGGUUUGGGGGUGCUCCCCCAGGCCCCCCUCAAUGCGUGAAGGCCUGAGCCAGGUCAGCUGGCAGAGGUGUGUGUAUGUUUAACUUAGAACUGAAUGUUGAAGGCUUUGUGACCCAAAGGGAAGAAUUAUUGGGAUCUGAUGCCCUAGCAGGGGAAAUUCCAAGCCCAAAAAGCUACAGUUAGAAUUCAGAACUGUGUUGUUACCCUGCCUCUGAGUUUUCCUCUACGUUCAGCUCCCCUUUUGUGGAUGAUCGUGAAGCUGUUUACAUGUUGUCCUCUUCCGUGAACUGAUCCCUGUAAACAGUGACAGGAUUUUAUCCAAAUAUUUCUGAUUUCUAAGGGAAAAAUAGAGCAAUUUCUUCCCAGUGCCCUUCUGUUGACCUUGCCUGGGGGAGAGGCCAGCAGAGCUAAGGAUGACCUCACCCCCUUCCAGCAGGAUUUCCUGGGAUGUACAGAACCUCCUUCUUCAGCUGUCCCUCUGUGAUCAGCCACACUCAAUCUAUAAACUUCCAGUGCAGAUGAUGGGGACAUCUAAUAUUGGGUCUGUUCACAUUUCAGCAGGAGGUGAAACACACAAAGUAAUCAUUAGGCUUCCUGAAGUCCCAAGGACCUUCUACGUCAGCGGCAGAGGAGUCCCCGGCGUGCAGUGGAGCCUCGCUGGGGGAAAUGACAGCUUGGACCAUGGGCGCCCGCGGUCUGGACAAGCGAGGAAGUUUCUUUAAGCUCAUUGACACAAUUGCCUCGGAGAUCGGAGAACUGAAACAGGAGAUGGUGCGGACAGAUGUCAACCUGGAAAAUGGCCUGGAACCCGCUGAAACCCACAGCAUGGUAAGACACAAGGAUGGUGGCUAUUCCGAGGAAGAGGACGUGAAGACCUGUGCCCGGGACUCAGGCUAUGACAGCCUCUCCAACAGGCUCAGCAUCUUGGACCGGCUCCUCCACACCCACCCCAUAUGGCUGCAGCUGAGUCUGAGUGAGGAGGAGGCAGCAGAGGUCCUGCAGGCCCAGCCUCCGGGGAUCUUCCUGGUUCAUAAAUCUACCAAGAUGCAGAAGAAAGUCCUCUCCCUCCGCCUGCCCUGUGAAUUUGGGGCCCCACUCAAGGAAUUUGCCAUAAAGGAAAGCACAUACACCUUUUCCCUGGAAGGCUCAGGAAUCAGUUUCGCAGAUUUAUUCCGGCUCAUUGCUUUCUACUGCAUCAGCAGGGAUGUUCUACCAUUUACCUUGAAGUUGCCUUAUGCCAUUUCAACAGCCAAGUCGGAGGCUCAGCUUGAAGAACUGGCCCAGAUGGGACUAAAUUUCUGGAGCUCCCCAGCUGACAGCAAACCCCCGAACCCUCCACCUCCCCAUAGGCCUCUCUCCUCCGACGGUGUCUGUCCUGCCUCCCUGCGUCAGCUCUGCCUUAUAAAUGGAGUGCAUUCUAUCAAAACCAGGACGCCUUCAGAGCUGGAGUGCAGCCAGACCAACGGGGCCCUGUGCUUUAUUAAUCCCCUUUUCUUGAAAGUGCACAGCCAGGACCUCAGUGGAGGCCUGAAACGGCCGAGCACAAGGACUCCCAACGCGAAUGGCACGGAGCGGACUCGGUCCCCCCCACCCAGGCCCCCGCCACCCGCUAUUAAUAGUCUCCACACAAGCCCUCGGCUGGCCAGGACUGAAACCCAGACGAGCAUGCCAGAAACAGUCAACCAUAACAAACAUGGGAACGUAGCUCUGCCUGGAACGAAACCAACUCCCAUCCCUCCACCCCGGCUGAAGAAGCAGGCUUCUUUUCUGGAAGCAGAGGGCGGCGCAAAGACCUUGAGCGGCGGCCGGCCGGGCGCAGGCCCGGAGCUGGAGCUGGGCACAGCUGGCAGCCCAGGUGGGGCCCCGCCUGAGGCCGCCCCGGGGGAUUGCACAAGGGCCCCGCCGCCCAGCUCUGAAUCACGGCCCCCGUGCCAUGGAGGCCGGCAGCGGCUGAGCGACAUGAGCAUUUCUACUUCCUCCUCCGACUCGCUGGAGUUCGACCGGAGCAUGCCUCUGUUUGGCUACGAGGCGGACACCAACAGCAGCCUGGAGGACUACGAGGGGGAAAGUGACCAAGAGACCAUGGCGCCCCCCAUCAAGUCCAAAAAGAAAAGGAGCAGCUCCUUCGUGCUGCCCAAGCUCGUCAAGUCCCAGCUGCAGAAGGUGAGCGGGGUGUUCAGCUCCUUCAUGACCCCGGAGAAGCGGAUGGUCCGCAGGAUCGCCGAGCUUUCCCGGGACAAAUGCACCUACUUCGGGUGCUUAGUGCAGGACUACGUGAGCUUCCUGCAGGAGAACAAGGAGUGCCACGUGUCCAGCACCGACAUGCUGCAGACCAUCCGGCAGUUCAUGACCCAGGUCAAGAACUAUUUGUCUCAGAGCUCGGAGCUGGACCCCCCCAUCGAGUCGCUGAUCCCUGAAGACCAAAUAGAUGUGGUGCUGGAAAAAGCCAUGCACAAGUGCAUCUUGAAGCCCCUGAAGGGGCACGUGGAGGCCAUGCUGAAGGACUUUCACAUGGCCGAUGGCUCAUGGAAGCAACUCAAGGAGAACCUGCAGCUUGUGCGGCAGAGGAAUCCGCAGGAGCUGGGGGUCUUCGCCCCGACCCCUGAUUUUGUGGAUGUGGAGAAAAUCAAAGUCAAGUUCAUGACCAUGCAGAAGAUGUAUUCGCCGGAAAAGAAGGUCAUGCUGCUGCUGCGGGUCUGCAAGCUCAUUUACACGGUCAUGGAGAACAACUCAGGGAGGAUGUAUGGCGCUGAUGACUUCUUGCCAGUCCUGACCUAUGUCAUAGCCCAGUGUGACAUGCUUGAAUUGGACACUGAAAUCGAGUACAUGAUGGAGCUCCUAGACCCAUCGCUGUUACAUGGAGAAGGAGGCUAUUACUUGACAAGCGCAUAUGGAGCACUUUCUCUGAUAAAGAAUUUCCAAGAAGAACAAGCAGCACGACUGCUCAGCUCAGAAACCAGAGACACCCUGAGGCAGUGGCACAAACGGAGAACCACCAACCGGACCAUCCCCUCUGUGGACGACUUCCAGAAUUACCUCCGAGUUGCAUUUCAGGAGGUCAACAGUGGUUGCACAGGAAAGACCCUCCUUGUGAGACCUUACAUCACCACUGAGGAUGUGUGUCAGAUCUGCGCUGAGAAGUUCAAGGUGGGGGACCCUGAGGAGUACAGCCUCUUUCUCUUCGUUGACGAGACAUGGCAGCAGCUGGCAGAGGACACUUACCCUCAAAAAAUCAAGGCGGAGCUGCACAGCCGACCACAGCCCCACAUCUUCCACUUUGUCUACAAACGCAUCAAGAACGAUCCUUAUGGCGUCAUUUUCCAGAACGGGGAAGAAGACCUCACCACCUCCUAGAAGACAGGCGGGACUUCCCAGUGGUGCAUCCAAAGGGGAGCUGGAAGCCUUGCCUUCCCGCUUCUACAUGCUUGAGCUUGAAAAGCAGUCACCUCCUCGGGGACCCCUCAGUGUAGUGACUAAGCCAUCCACAGGCCAACUCGGCCAAGGGCAACUUUAGCCACGCAAGGUAGCUGAGGUUCGUGAAACAGUAGGAUUCUCUUUUGGCAAUGGAGAAUUGCAUCUGAUGGUUCAAGUGUCCUGAGAUUGUUUGCUACCUACCCCCAGUCAGGUUCUAGGUUGGCUUACAGGUAUGUAUAUGUGCAGAAGAAACACUUAAGAUACAAGUUCUUUUGAAUUCAACAGCAGAUGCUUGCGAUGCAGUGCGUCAGGUGAUUCUCACUCCUGUGGAUGGCUUCAUCCCUUCCCUCCUUCCUUUCUCCUUUUUUUUUUUUUUUUUUUUUUUACAGAGAGCCUUCAUGUUUUUAUAUAUUUCAUAGAAAUUUUUAUAGCAGUUGCAGGUAAACUGUCAGGAUUGGUUUUAAAAUAUUUUUGUAACUUUAAAAUAUUCUAUAAUUAUGCAUGUGAUUUUAACAUUUAAUAUUCAAAAAUAAAUCUCUUGCUGGAUUUGAGAGUAUUGCAUUUUUAAAGUCUCUCUUCUGUAACUGGAUGUUUUGGCAACUUUGUGGGGAGAGACUGCUGGAUUUCUUAAAGCAACGUAUUCCUGACACUGGCCACAGAAUGCCUUUGGAAAUCGGAUGUACUGUUCUCUUGUUCACGUUUAGCGGUGUUUUGCUGUUUUGUUUUUUCAACAAAUGAUGCUGAGAAUAAGGAGAGAAAUGAAUGUAGAGAGAGGUAGAGAGAGAAAUAUGAACUCUAACAAAGGACUGAGGAGUGCAGUCUGCUGGUUCAGGCUCUUCAAAAGAUGUAGAAAAAGAGAUAGAAGGAACCACCUAUGCUUAAAAUACUGUAAAUAUGCAAUGAGGUUUGGCAAAAUCUAUUCCAUGUGUGAUUUGCUUGUAGAAACAAUUUCGAAAGCCCCUUGAGGAAAAUAGAAAUCAAGAAGAACACUUUUCUCCCUUUUCCAUACAAAUUAAAACUUAACAGCAUCAAAUUAUUGGGACCAGAAACCAAGUAAUGUAUAAUGUGGCUUUUGUUGAGUUAAAUAAGAUGCUAUAUAAUGGAGAAGAAUUUGAAAAUGCACAAAAAAAUCAAUCUACAUUAUCAGAACCUGCAGUGAAAUUAAACUUAUGUUAAAUAAAACCAGUUUGCAGGUGCACCAACUAUGAGGGUCUUGUAUCCAUGUAACACAGGUAGUUACAAAAACAUGUUAUUGUACUGUGUAAAGAUGCAUAGUCAUCUAAUUUGGUUGGCUUUGUACCUUGUACCUUUUUUAGCCUUGGCUUUUGUUGAACUAGAACCCUCAGCACAUACUGUGUUGUACUUUUGUAAAUGAUUUUUUAAAUGGAAUUUUGCACAUAAUACAUUGUAAUACUGUAUGAUAAUCGUGUGAAAAUAAUUUUUGAAAUAUC